GAUUAUUCCCUAUAAAUGCCCUCCACCUUUGGUAAAAUUUCUUCUUCUUCCCCAUUCAUCCUCUUUUCAGCACCUCAAAUUUCCAAUAAUAAUAAUAAUGGAAAAUCAAAACCCGCUCCAAAAUGGAGCUCUUGAGAGUGCCGUAGGAAACGGUGGUCGCAGUGGUGAUGGAUCGGCUCUGAUCUUUCUUGGAACCGGCUGCUCCAGUGCCCUCCCAAACGCUAUGUGCUUGAUUCAGCCCUCUGAUCCUCCCUGUCAAGUCUGCUCCCAAUCCCUCUCCAUCCCCCCCGAUCGUAACCCUAAUUACAGGUGCAAUACAUCUUUGCUUAUAGAUUAUUGUUCCAGCGAUGGUAUACGCAAUUAUAUUAUUAUUGAUGUGGGCAAGACAUUUAGGGAACAAGUUCUUCGGUGGUUCACUUUCCACAAGAUUCCUCGUGUAGAUUCUAUUGUUUUGACUCAUGAACAUGCUGAUGCAAUUCUUGGUUUGGAUGAUAUUCGUGCCAUCCAACCUCAUAGUCCUACUAACGAUAUUGAUCCCACCGCCAUUUACCUAACUCGACAUUCAAUGGAUAGCAUUGCCACAAAAUUUCCGUAUUUGAUUCAGAAGAAACUUAGAGAAGGCCAAGAAGUAAGGCGGGUGGCACAGCUUGACUGGAAGAUAAUAGAGGAGCACUAUGACAAACCGUUUGUUGCAUCAGGACUGAAAUUUUUUCCGUUGCCAGUGAUGCAUGGAGAAGAUUAUCUCUGUUUAGGUUAUCUUUUCGGUGAAAAGUGUAAAGUGGCUUAUAUAUCUGAUGUUUCACGUUUUCCUUCAAACACGGAGUAUGUUAUUUCCAAAAAUGGUGCUGGACAAUUGGAUCUUUUGAUAUUGGAUUGUUUAUACAAGAAAGGAUCUUUUAAUGUUCACUUAUGCUUACCUCAGGCUCUUGAGGCUAUAAAGAGGAUAUGUCCAAAACGAGCUCUAUUAAUUGGAAUGACACAUGAGUUCGAUCACCACAAGGACAAUGAGUUUCUUAUGGAAUGGUCUGAGAGGGAAGGAAUUCAUGUACAACUUGCACGUGACGGUUUGAGGGUUCCCAUAGACCUAUAAUGAGGUGUACAAUUUGCUUAUGUCAAAAUUAUUUUUUUGAUGGUUCCUUUGAGCCCAUUUUCCAAAUAAUCCCAGAAGCCUCACAAAUGCAAGUGCUGAGAAGAUAGCAUCCAUCCAAAGCUCUUUACCAACCCAGUACAUGUCAAACAGAGAUACAUGGUGUACAGGGUGAGGAAGUCAAAAAGGGCAAAAGGAUGAUGCGAUAUAUUACUGGAACACACCCCUUCCAGAACCCCUUGUGUCAAAUUAAGGCGGCCAUCUGUUUGCUUCAGCUCAUUGAGAGGUUUAAGAAGCAUCUGCAGGCCAUUUGAAGAAAAGUAAAAAAGAAAAACAACAUAUUUCGUUGUUUAAGAUUGUCACUGCAUGGAAUAGGAGAGAACUCCACCUUACACAAUUGGUAGGACUGCGAUCUUGCCCUAAGCAUGUGUUGUGUCCAGCCAUUGCAUAAUACUGAGCAGCAGUAAAGAAAGACAAAAAAAUUGGAGGUGGAUGGGGGACAAACAAAGACAUUAGAUGAUAUUACUUGGAAAUGGGAUAAAGAUAAGAAAUAAGAAAAGCCAAUUCCUCCAGUACGAAUAAAAGAAUAGGAGAAUAAAAGAAAAUAUUCCUCACAAUCUGACGGAAAGUCACAUUCCAAUCUUUCAAUCACCGAUCAUGUAUAAGUUGAACUUCACUGUAAAUGUUACUCACUGCUAACUCAUUUUGUACGACGGAAAUAAA